AUACACGUCACUCUCACUCGGAAUCUCAAGGCGACACCUGGCUCCGUCCUUAGUGUCUACCACCUCCCCGCGCGUCCUACACAUAUCCACCUUAGCCUUCUCUAUACAUCCAGUCUCCCCCACUACCUCCGGCAUCGCCGCUAUGAAUUGCGUCAAGGGCGAGAUCCACAAUGUGCUGUCCAUGAUGCGUGUGAACGCUCGCUGGGCCUCCGUGGAUCGCUUCACGCAGGAGAUCCCGGCGUCCACGCAGUCGCCCAUGAUGCGCGCCUUCAAGCAGCUUCACUACGAGCUGCAGUCAGUGACCGAUCUAUCCGAUGUGGACACAGUCACGUAUCUUUUGCCCUUCGUGAUGGUCAUCGAGUCGGAGCGCACAAGCGGCUUCAUCACGGGCGCCGCCAUCUCUGCCAUCAACAAGUUUCUACUGUACGGACUCAUAACCUCCGAGUCUUUACGAGCAGAUGUAGCCAUCAACCGCAUCGCAGUGUGUGUCUCCCGCUGCAGAUUCGAGGAGACCCACCGAGCGGACGAUGAGGCUGUGCUGAUGAAGCUGCUGGAGCUGGUGGAGUACUGUGUUCGCUGUGAUGCUGGACAUUUGAUCUCAGGGGAUAAUCUAUGGAAGAUGCUGCAGUUAUGCUACAGUAUCCGCUGCCAGCCCAGAUCUUCCAUGCAUUUAUGCAGGUCAGCAGACAAUACGUUGUCACAUUUGGUGCUUACGGUGUUUGAUCGGAUCGAUGAGUUGGAGCCGCAACGAAGACCGAGUCAACCAACGCCCAUGUCACCACAGAUGCUGAAUGGAGCGAAGGAGGAAGAGAAGGAGCAGCCAAUACCCGAGUACGACGAGAGUUUGGAUAUUGGAGAACAGACUGCACCACAGAUGGAGCCAACGUCCGACGCCAAAGCAGUGGAUAAACCGUACGGGAUUCCGUUGUUAGAGCGGAUCUUGCACUUUAUUUCAGGGCUGAUCUCACCGACAGAGAACGAAGAGAUGACGUGCGUCUUGGGACUGAGGUUGAUAAACGUUGUACUGGAGACAGCAGGGACUGGACUGGGGAAUCAUCCGUGCUUGGUGUCGGUGUUACAAGGCGAUUUAUCCAAGUUCUUGCUGCAAAACUCAGAGACGGAAGAGCUGGGGAUCUUGUCGCUUACACUUCGUGUUGUGUUCAACCUGUUCAACUCGAUUAAGGACCAUCUGAAGGUGCAGCUGGAAGUGUUUUUCACCAGUGUUCACAUGCGUAUCAUCGACUCUCCGUCUUGUUCUAAUGAGCAGAAGGAACUGGCAUUGGAGUCGUUGCUGGAGUUCUGUCGAGAGCCUGCGCUUAUGCUGGAUCUAUACAUUAACUACGACUGCGACGUACACUGCACGAACUUGUUCGAAGUAUUGUGCAAGUCUCUGGCGAAAAACUGUCAGUCAAUGUCCGGCCCAGACGGUAACCUGAACGCUCUGACUCUACUGUGUCUCGAGGGACUACUGGCAGUGAUUGAAUCGAUUGCGCGUCGCUGUCCUCUGAACACUCCAGCGAAGACUUCAGGCUCCAGGACGUUUGGAAGCAACGCUGGUGUAUUAAGUUUGAAAGGAUCUGAUCUCGCACGGUUCACAGCUGGAGCUUCCCCUCGUACGGACAGUUCGUCAGACGCCUUCCCCAUGGAGGAUAUCUCGCCCAUGUCUUCGGUUCGAGAUCUCAUGCAGCUCGUCAUGUCGGGAAGUGAAAGCGACUCAGACUCGGAGCAGAGUGAAGCUGACAACCCGGCAGAUCAAUUGGCGUGGCUACACACCGCACGCGAACGCACAGCUGAAGUGUUGCAGCAACGUAAGCGCAUCAAGAAGCGCUACGCUUUGGCUGCGGAGAAGUUCAACCACGACCAGAAGAAUUGGAUGGCUUUCUCGCAGCAGAUUGGACUGUUACCGGAGAAAUUAACGCCCGAAUCUGUGGCUUCCUUCCUGUUACACACACCUGGUUUGAACAAGACUCUGAUUGGCGAUUAUAUCGGCGAUGGACCGAUUGAAAAGUACCCGUUUAACGCUGCAGUGAGAGACGCGUAUGUAGCCAUGUUCGAUUUCCGGUCAGCACCAUCUCUGGACGAGGCAUUGCGAAUGUUCUUGGCCAAAUUCCGUCUACCGGGUGAAGCUCAGAAGAUCGAUCGAAUGAUGGAGGCUUUCUCUAAGCAAUUCUACCUCCAAGCAGGCUCGUCGGGACCUCUGGCAGACGCCGAUGCGGCCUUUGUAUUGGCAUUUAGUAUCAUCAUGCUCAACACGGACUUACACUCGGAUCACAUCGCAAAGAAGAUGACUAUCGAGGAGUUUAUCCGCAACAAUCGAGGUAUUAACGCGGGUGAGGACCUACCGACGGAGUAUCUGACGGAUCUGUACUAUAAUAUUCUGGAAAAAGAGAUUCAGAUGCAACACGAUGUUUCAGACUUCAUGGAGGCUCCAUCCUCGACGGUCGAUCGGUAUUCGAUGCAAUGGGACGGCGUACUUAAGCGCUCAGAGAACGUGGUUGGGGCCAGUUUUACCUCGAAUACGAGCAUCCUGAAGUUGCGAGCUGGUUUGUAUGAGAAGGAUAUGUUCAACCUGAUCUCUGAGAGCACUAUCAAGAGCAUCCUGUUGGCGUUCGAGAAGACGUGCGACUUGAACAACAUGGAGCGAGCGUUGGAAGGACUGAGCAACUGCGCGAAGAUCAUGCUGUACUACGAUAUGAUCGAUGAAUUCAACAAGAUCAUGGGAGCUCUAGCGUCCUACUUCCUCACGUUCGCACACGGAAUAAUGAGCGGAGAAAAGGUGUACGUACCUCCGAGAUCGAGUAGUGUACCGACGUCAUCUCCCUUGCCGUCUCCGUCCGAACAUGGGUCAACUGAGACCAUUGGAGAGCGGAUCGUUCGUCGACAGGAUGAUGGCUCGGAAGUUGAGGUUCUAGCAGAUUCUCAGCAGUCUGGAGGUUCGAUAGACGAAGAUCUAGUGCAAGGAGCGAAGACUCGUCGGGCUCUUCUAGCGCUGAAAUUGCUGUUCCAGUUUGUGCAGAACAAGAGCGAGUGUUUCCGCAAAGGCUGGGCCAAUGUGGUGGAGUGUAUGCUCAUGUUUAACGAGCUGGAUGCCGUUCCUACGUCGUUAGUGGAGAUCGACGACUUUGUGGAUUCGCGUGGAGUUCCGUUGCCUCCGAUGCAGGGAGGAUCAGCUCAUGUACCUUCUCCGCCGAAGAUGUCGCCCGGACGCAAUCAAGGGGGAACUGGACUGUCUGGGAAGACUCGUGAGCGUUCUCGACGCCAAGCAGAGCGUCAAGCUGCUAUUCGCAGUCGCAUGAAGAGUAUGACGCAAGCGAGUCAAGGUACCGCGUAUGGAAGUCACGGACAGAGUGUCAAUAGUGGGUCUUUCUGGGACUCUUUGUCUUCCUACCUCUGGGCUGAACAGGAGAAGAUCGACGAGAGCUUCUCGUUGGUUAAUCAGAUGCUGCGUGAAGAAGUGAUGAAGCUGGGCGGUGGCAUCUUGGAGAAGGAAAACUGGCUGCGUUUGACUCGGAAAUUACAGGAGAAGUCUCUUACCAGCCUACUGGAGACGUUGAUCUCGUGUCGCGACCCGUUCAAGUGCAUCAUGCAGGCGUCCGACUCUGGAGUGGACGCUAUGAUGCAGGAGAACGCCAUCUUGGUGCUGGAACUGAGUGUGGACAUCAUCUUGGUCAACUCGCAUCGUAUCUUGCAGCUGGACUUGUGGGAUUCCUUCCACCUGUACGCUAAGCGCAUCUUAUCGACGCCACUGGGUGAACUCCACAUGCAGGGACUUGUGGAACGCGUGGUUGUGCAUAUCUUACGUGUGAGUAUUCGACUCUUCCAUGAUGAAAAAGUGCGUCCGAAGCUGAUGGCUACACUGGAGUUGUUACUGACGAUGGACAAGGAAAUGUACAAGGCGCUGAGUGACCGCCUGGCGUCGGGCAUCACGAUGCUACUGAAGGCGAAUCUCGUGUACAUGCACGACUUCCGCGACUGGGAAGUGCUCUUGGGUAUUCUAGAGAACGUGGUCGAGUAUAUCAACAGCAGAUCAGCGUGCUGGGAGAGCGUGACGGUGCUGGCUGAAGGAGGCCACUUGAAGGACGACAACUUCGCGCCGUGGAUGUCUCUGUGCUGCGGGUUUGUUCGCCAUCGAACGUCGUAUGCUGUGGAUGCUUUGAAGCUGUUGCAAGGACUGGCAAAUAGUGACAACACGUACAAGAUGAAUGGCAGUUCGUGGCUGCAAGUCAUGCAAGUGAUGCUGAAUUAUCUCAACGAUGACCGACCGCCAGUGGCCAAGACUGCGUGGGAUUGUUUGCGCAACUCGCUGCUGCUGCCCGGAGUGCCGAUCGCCAAGGACACGUGGAAAAAGUGCUUUAAUGACAUCAUCUUCGCUUUUGACGACCAAGUUAACGAUAUCACUGUGAAGAUGGCACGCGAUGCUCCGCUGUACAGUGUCACGUUGCUAUCCAAGACUUUUUUGCACAACUUGAAUGUGUUGAUGGAGUUGCCGGACUUUCCGGAGUUGUGGCUGAAGGUUCUGCGUCGAUUGGCAAAGAAACUGGUGGCGUCUAGUUCGCCCACGAUGCGAUCGCAACAGAGUAGUGUCGUGUUUGAAACGACCUUGCAGUCACUGUACAACCUGCUGCUGGUGUUGAAGGCUGAGGAUGUUCUCGAGAGGGGGAGUACUGAGGGAAGCAGCGAGACUCUGUUCGACGAGACGCGUGCAGUUAUCGACGCUGUGUGUCCACAUUUGAAGGAGCAAUUGGGUCUGUUGCCAGAGGACGUCGCCGUUGAGAUGCCUGCCACCGAUGGGAGUGAGCGUAGCGAGCAGCCCACGGCUGAGACCAUCGGCGAAGCGGGACAGGUUGGAGCUGUGGAAACUUCAGGCGAGGAGGCCGAGGGCGUUGUUGAACACCAGACAACCCACGAGGAAGAGACUGAGGCUACUGUUGAAGCUGUGACGGAGGCUGGUGCUACGAAGGACGAAGAGAUUGCUGCGGAUGAGGAGACGUUGGCGAGGCUGAUGCCUGAAGUGGAGGGUCAAGUUGAAGUUGCACCUGUAGACGAACCGAUGAGUCAUCACGAAUCCAUUCACGAGGAGAGUGUUGUGUCCACUUCUAGUGGUCCUCCGACGUCCACUACGACCCUGGAGACUGUCAUUAUUGGCGACGGCACGUUCGGGAUCAAAGUGGAUGAAGUUAUCGUGGACGAGAUCACUGAGGCUGUUUAAAGUUGCAUAAUGUGUCCAAAACACCACUUUCUAGAGAAUAAAGUUGCAUUUUGUGUGUCAUACAACAUAUUUUUGAUCUAGG